AUGAGGAUUGCCAGGUGGCCCGCCCUGUAUGAAAUGACAUGCCCUUUGCUGCCUGUCCCGCAGAGUAGCUCCUUCCUUCAGAAACACGACCUCCCUGACAUGAUCCGCGGACGCUGCAAUAUUGUGCUUGGCACGGGCGACCACGACCAUGUCAAUUACGCCCAGCAAGCCUUUGAUAUCUUCACACAGCUCGCCGACGAUUACCAUGAUAUGCCCACUGCCUAUCUCGAGGAAGCGACGAAGGCGCUCGCUAGCGCCAAGGAGCACGCCCAGAUCGAACAAGAUGGAACUCUAGUCCUUGACCGCGAGGAGAAGGAAGAAGAAGAGGCGAUUGCCGGCAAUGAGGACGAAUUCGUCAUCGAUGGGGACGAGCUCGCGAGGGAGCUUGGCCUGGACAUGGGAGUGGAGGAAGCCGUCGUCGAGGACAAGGGCAAGGGCAAGGCACUUCAGCCUGAGUCGGAGCCUGAGUCGGAGCCUGAGCCUGAGCCUGAGCCUGAGCCAGAGCCAGAGCCAGAGCCAGAGAUGGAUCGAAUACUAACUCGCCCACCAGGCAUGAGCGCUGCGGAUUAUCGCGCCAUCAAGGAUGCUAGCGAGGGUGCUUGGGGUUCAAAGAGCGGCGUUGGUGUCAAAAAGGGCGGUCUCGCUACGCCAGGCAACUCUCGUCGGGCUCGCAACCGCAUCUCUCGCCAGUCUAGUCGUCAGAAUGAGGAUGCGGGUCCGAAGCCCACUCUGCCAACUCCGAAAAAGGACAUUAUCCCAGAAGAGCCAGAAGUCGAAGACUGA